CCUCCUGGUCCUGGUCCUGCUCUCUCCUCCCCACGGGCUGACACCUCAGCGACUGACUGAGGAUGUAUGGCUUUAUUAACACAUGCUUGAAGUCUAUGGUCAUAGAACAUUUUGGAGAAGAAGCAUGGGAGAAUCUGAGAACAGAAGUUGGAGCCCCAGACAAUUUUAUGACAUUUGGAGUGUAUUCAGAUGACAUUACAAUGCAACUGGUAGAGGCAGCUUGCAAAUUGUUAGAUGUGGCGUCAGAUGUUUUGUUGAAGCAGUUUGGAGAGUACUUCUUUGAGUUUUGCAAGGUAUCCGGAUAUGAUCACAUGCUCCGUACUCUGGGAGGUAACCUGAUGGAGUUCAUUGGGAAUAUUGAUGCUUUGCACAGUUUUCUUUCAUUGUCUUACGAGGAGAUGAAUGCACCGUCUUUCAGACUAGAAAAAAGACAAGAUGGCUCAAUGCUAUUGCACUAUUACUCUGACAGGAUAGGACUAUGUCACAUUGUUCCGGGCAUAAUUGGAGCAGCAGCUUUCGAUUUUUUUAAUAUUGACAUCACGAUGGAGAUUUUAACCUGUAUGGAAAACGAAAAAGAAACAGGGAAAAGGGAGCACGUCACUUUUUUGGUAACUCAGAAAGAAGCAUAUUCACAUGAACAAUGUACGUCACCAGAUCUGUUCGAUAAUCAGACGCGUGACAAAGAACAGUUAGCUAAACAGAUUCAAGCAGAAUUUCUUAAUAUGUUUCACAUCAGGAUAAAGCUAUGGAAUAAAAACAUGAUAUUUUGAAUUGUCUUCACAGUCACUGCAUCAAUGGAGUUUGAACCUGUGUACCCUGACACAUUGUGGAUAGAUGCAAAAUCAUUUUGUGAUGCAUUUCCUUUUCAUAUUGUGUUUGACAAAGAGCUUAGGGUGAAACAAGCAGGAACAAACAUACAGAAAAUUGUCCCAGGUCUUCAGAUAAAGGACAUUGAACUUGAUAAAUGCUUCACCAUCAUUCGACCAAAAAUACCAUUCAAAAUAUCAACUGUCCUGAAAUUCAUCAAUAGCCAAUUUGUCUUCAGAACAAAUAGGGAAAUGAUGCCAGACAUGUGGAGUGAUCGCCCAUCUUUGGAAUUAAGAGGUCAAAUGGUGUGGAUGGAAUCUUUAGAAUGUAUGGCUUACCUGUGCUCUCCUCUGCUACGCAGUUUGGACGAGCUCCAGGAAAGGCACAUGUACAUUUCAGAUAUCGCUUCUCACGAUGCAACCAGAGACCUGAUUCUUCUGAAUCAUCAGAGACUUGCUGAGAUGGAAUUAUCGAACCAGCUUGAAAGGAAGAAAGAAGAAUUGAGAAUCCUGUCAAAGAAUUUAGAGGAGGAAAAGAAGAAGACAGAAACAUUGCUCUAUGCCAUGUUACCAAGGCAUGUGGCUCACCAGCUGAAGGAAGGAAAAAAAGUAGAAGCAGGUGAAUUUAAGGAAUGCACCAUAUUGUUCAGCGAUAUUGUCAACUUUACUGUGAUCUGCAGUCAGUGUGAACCAAUGCAGAUUGUGGUUAUGCUGAAUGCCAUGUUCCUGAUGUUUGACAGACUAACCACAGUCCAUGAUGUUUUUAAGGUGGAGACAAUCGGUGAUGGCUACAUGGUGGUCGGAGGUGUCCCCAUUCCAAUAUCAUCACAUGCCGAGAGGAUAGCCAACUUUGCCCUGGGAAUGAUCAUAGCCUCCAAAAGUGUGAUCGACCCAGUCAGCAAAGAGCCAACUCAGAUCCGAGUUGGGAUCACCACUGGUCCAGUCCUCGCUGGUGUGGUAGGUGAGAAAAUGCCACGUUAUUGCCUCUUUGGGGAUACGGUCAACACAGCUGCAAGAAUGGAAUCUCAUGGGAUACCCAACAAGAUCCAACUCAGUUACAGUACUUUUAAUAUGCUUAAAGGUAAGAAUUUUGAAAUACAAGAAAGAGGUGAAAUCAAAGUUAAAGGGAAAGGGAUAAUGCGCACUUAUUUCCUAAUUAGAAAUCUGAGAGCCACAGAAGAUGAAAUCAUGGGCAGACAAGAAAGAGAAUCAGAUUCUGGUCGAGAUUCUGUGCAGUCCUCAGUUGAUUCAAAGGAGUACGUUGCAGAUUACGAAGACCUCAGAAGCAGCUCAUUUGAUCUUUGGCAAUACACAGUGCCAAUGAAAUACACCGAUAGACCUCUGAGCACUCGAUCUGACAGUGACCUGGAAAAGAGACAUCCAAACAAAAAGAUCAAAGGAAAUCCAUACAAUUCAAAACUCUAUGGGAGUUUCCACAACGUUCAGCAACCAGAAGAUGAAUCCAAGCAGCUUACAAAGAAAAGAGCGGAGCAAACAAACAGCGAACGAAGCCAAGCAAAUGUCAAAUCAAAUCUUUGCAUCUUAUUAUAAAGCGUAUGGUCUAAAUACAAAACUGAAGAUAGUCAGUCAGAAUUCACAGUUAUGCUGAACAAAUAACC